CCAAGAGGCGGUCAAUAUGCAAAAUUGAUGCCUGCCCCUUCUUUGUGGCGGGCCCAUUGUGCGGUGCUUGCUGAUGAAGCCUAAUCCAAUCCUAAAUUGCGCCCCCGGACCAAUCAGGGAGCCCCGAGUGCCCGAUGAAUGAAACUCAAGGGGAGAACCCCAUUGUGGGAGCUGUCACUUCGGGAAGCGCCUGAGCGGCCCGGACCCCUAUAAAACCCCAUUGCGCCAGAGAAAGGCCGAGGAGAAGAAGCCUGCCAGUCUCGCUUAGGUGGAUCUCGAGAGAAAAGGAGACAGAGCAAGACCAUUUGUUUAAAAAAUAAAAAAGGGAGGGGGGAGGAAAAAGGAAGCGGGGCGAAGACUACUUUGGAAAAGCAACAGCCAGCCAUUCCAAGUUGAAGCUUGGACCCUUGGCCAGGCGGGCGCUUCCUCUGCCUCCCUCCCCGUCUCCUACCAUGAUGUUCCCCAGCCUGAUCGCGCCUCCCGCCGUCUAUCCGAGUCUCCUGAGGCCGACACCGACCCUCACGCUGCCUCAGUCGCUGCAGUCCGCCUUCUCCGGCCACUCUAGCUUCCUGGUGGAAGACCUCAUCCGCAUCAGCCGGCCCGCCGCUUACCUGCCUCGUAGCGGCGGCGCCCCGCCGCGGGCCAGCCUGUCCCCACCGCCACCGCCUCUGUCUGGCGCCAGCCCCGCCCGGACGGGCCCGCCGGGACCCUCGUCGGCCGAGCCGGCCAACUCCGACGGCGCUGCUCGACGGGGCUGCUCGGCGCCCGCGCCCGCCUCGCCCGCCAGCGACGCGCCCUUCCUCAAGUUCGGCGUGCACGCCAUACUGUCGUCGGCGCCCCGGACAGAAACCUCACACGCGCUGAUGCAGAACGUCCCUCCCAAGACUUUCACUUUCCCGUAUUUCGAAGGAUCCUUCCAACCUUUCAUCAGGUCUUCUUAUUUUCCAGCUUCAUCUGUGGUGCCUAUUCCUGGCACUUUCUCUUGGCCUCUGGCUGCCAGGGGGAAACCACGCAGAGGUAUGCUCCGCAGGGCUGUCUUCUCAGAUGUGCAGCGCAAAGCCCUGGAGAAAAUGUUCCAGAAGCAGAAAUACAUCAGCAAACCAGACAGGAAGAAACUGGCAGCCAAGCUGGGCUUGAAGGACUCCCAGGUGAAGAUCUGGUUUCAAAACAGGAGGAUGAAGUGGAGAAACUCCAAAGAGAGAGAGCUCCUGUCAUCUGGUGGCUGCAGGGAGCAGACAUUACCCACAAAGUUCAACCCUCACCCAGAUCUCAGUGACGUAGGCAAGAAAGGUUCUGGAGAGGAGGAGGAAGAAGUAGCCUCACCCCGGUGCCCAGCCAGCCCCAGGCAUUCCUUAACAUAUCACCAGUCCACAGAUGACCCACACCUGAGAGACAGGUUGGACUCCCACAUGCUCCCUUCCCCCACACAUUCCAGCAGCCCCAGCAAACCGUCAGACUUCUCAGACUCUGAGGAAGAGGAUGAAGAGGGGGAGGAGGAUGAAGAAGAGAUCACGGUCUCAUAGAGACCCUUCUUCUUGCUAUCAUGAAAGGGGACAUUGCAAAGAUGUAAAUAAACCAAGGGCUAUCUAAUUGAAGAGGUGGCGUCCUUCCACACCCACACGGUUCAAAUAGACAAUGUACUGAUCAUCAUGCAUCCUUGGGAUUUCUGUAUGACAUAUUCCAGAACUACCCUGAUUAGGAACCCCUUGCCUCAAUAUCCUCCUGUUGUGAUCACUGACUAAUCAGCCAGUCUUGCACUUUUUAAUUGAAAACUAUAGACUAGAAAGCCGUUAAAAACAUACACACCCCUUUGGUAUUAAGAUCAUGUUGAUUUAGAAGCAGAAUAAUUAGCCUAAUUCAGUUGUGAUCCGCUUAGCUAAUUCCAGGAUGUAUUAAUUUAUCUGAAAAUAUCAGCAAUCU